ACAUGUAUAGUACAUAUACACGCGUAAAUACCCCCGCGCACAUAUUACACAUCAUACAUAUCUAUAGGGUAAGACAUAAGAAACCAAGCCCAGCAAGACGAUGGGUAUGAACCAAGAUCCCGAUCGUCACCCUCGGCGUCGGGGAAGCCAGAGCACGAGCAGUUGAGCCUCCACGAACCGAGGCAGAACGAGGCGCAGCCAUAGACUAAGAUUUAGCUGAUUUACUUAAAGCGGGACGCGAGGGAGGAAGUCGUGAAGGCGGCGGUCGAUCCGUCGACUCGCUUGGGCAGCGGAGAAGAGCACGCGGCGGAGAGCCAACCCUUUCAAGAGAGAGCCUAAGGAAAAGAGGCUUUAGAAGACUUGCAGAACAACUCACAAGGACAGAAAUAUGAGGUGGAUUCUGGUAGCAGUGGUUGUGCUUGCGGCGACGGUGAGGGAGGCGAUGCCGCAAUGCCUCACAGACGAAGAUAGGAUAAAAAUUUUGGGCGUCAAUCAAGAACUCCACGAAGUAGUAGAUUUCGGUUUCGAGCUGUACAAGGAGUUGGAGUUGGGGCCUGCCACCUCCUUCCUGGCGACCGGGAGGAACCUGUUCUUCUCGCCCUACAGCGUCUGGUCGGCUUUCGUCCUUGCCUACUUCGGCUCCGGUGGGAAAACCGAGGCCGAACUCGAGUCGGCGCUCGGCAUGGUCGAUAAGAUCAAUACUUUGACGAAGUUGCGUGCGCUCGAACUCACAUAUGACUUGCGGCGCUCCACUGGCUCCAGCUACACAUUCAACUUGGCCAACCGCAUUUACAUCGACGCCGCCUCCCCCGUUCGAGACUGCAUCAAGAACAUUCUCUUCAGGGAAAUCGCAGAAACCGACUUUAGAAACACCUUCAAGGCGGCAAACGACAUCAAUGACUUCGUGUCAGAGACGACUCAGGGAAGGAUUCCUCGCAUGCUUGAAGAAUCUGACCUGAAGGACGCCCAGAUGGUACUGGUCAACGCAGCGUUCUUCAAAGGCAUCUGGAAAUACAAUUUUCUCAGCAACAACACCUUUCUCGCACCCUUCCGGACCGAUCCUUACCUUAGCUUCCUGGAGGAAACUGGAAAGCCUCUGAACGUAGCAGAAAUGGUGUCGAUGAUGAACCAGACCGGCAGCUUCAAGUACGGUGACUCGAAGGACCUGGAAGCCCAAAUCCUGGAGCUCCCCUACGAAGGCGGGGCCAUGUCGAUGUUCCUGCUGCUCCCGGGGGAAGAGGGUCCUUCAGGCUUCGGCAGGACGGUGGCGAGCCUCUCCUCCGCGUCCCUUUCGAAGGCCAUGAGGACCAUGAAGCCAAAUACGGUCAAUGUGCAGCUGCCGAGAUUCAACAUGAGCGUUGAGCUCAUAGACGAACUCGAAGCCGCUCUCAAGAACUUAGGGAUUCGCAGUGUCUUCGACCCCGAGCACGCCAACUUCAGCUCCUUCGCCCCGACCCCGAGGAUGAGCGUGAGCAAGGCCGUGCACAAAGCUUUCAUCGAAGUGAACGAAGAGGGCUCUGAGGCGGCGGCGGCCACGGUAAUCGCCGUCAACAUCCGCACGAGGCCGACUCCCCCCGUGAGCUUCGUGUGCGACAGGCCGUUCAUUUUCUUCAUUUACGACAACGACACGGAAAACAUCCUCUUCUUGGGAGUGUUCAGGAAUCACCGGGAAGCGCUUUAGUAUUAAGGGGGAAGAAGGGAAAGAGAGAAGGGUUGGGAGAGGUACAUAUGUAGAAAGCGAGCGAGAAAGAGGCAGGGAAAGAGAGAGAGAGGGAGAGAGAGGGAGAGACAGGGAGAGGG